AUGCAUAACCCAGUAGAUCAACUACUAAUAAACGUUUCGGAGACGUACGGAAUCGAUAAUUUCACGUUAAGAUACGCUCUUUGCUUGCUAGGUUCUUUUCCAGCAAAUGCUAUUCUGAAAAGAAUACCAGAUGAGAAGCAAAAGUCAAAAUGUCUCUAUAUUAUUUUCAUUUCAAUGUUCUAUUUAUUUGGUAUUUUGAACCUUUCUAGCGGGUUUAGAACUCUCUUCAUUAGUUCAAUGUUUACAUUCUUAAUUACAAGAUUUUAUCAUUCCAAAUUCAUGCCACAUUUAAAUUUCAUCUUCAUCAUGGGUCAUCUUGCAAUGAAUCAUAUUCAUGCGCAAUUCUAUAAUGGUUCAACAAAUACUACAAUUGAUAUUACCAGCUCACAAAUGGUCUUGGCAAUGAAAUUAAUUUCAUUUGCAUGGUCAUAUCAUGAUGGAACUCAUCUAUCUAAAGAGGAUUUUGAUGAAUUAACUGAAUAUCAAAAGGAUCAUUCCAUUAAAAGCCAUCCAUCAAUUUUAGAAUUUUUAGCAUAUUCAUUCUUCUAUCCAACUCUCUUGACUGGUCCAAGCUUUGAUUAUUCUGAUUUUAUCAAUUGGUUAAACUGUGAAAUGUUCCAUGAUCUGCCGGAAUUUAAAAAGCCAAAACAAUAUAGAUUGAGAAAUUUCAAUUUCAAAAGAUCAAUUCCAAAAAAUGGGAAAUUGGCACUUUGGAAAGUUAUUCAAGGUUUAAUUUGGAUGUUCUUGAAUGCCAUGGGUCUUAAAUAUUUCCCUGUCAAUUUCGUCAUAGAUAAAUCAAAUUUUACUUCCAAGUCUUUCCUUUACAAAAUCCAUUAUAUGUUUUUAUUGGGUUUAAUUGCAAGAUUUAAAUAUUAUGCUGCCUGGACAAUAUCUGAAGCAUCUUGUAUUGUUUGUGGGUUAGGUUAUAACGGAUACGAGCCAAAGACUAAAAAGAUUAAAUGGAACCGUGUUCAAAAUGUUGAUAUUUGGAAUGUAGAAAUGGCAGAAAAUACAAGACAAUGUUUAGAAGGUUGGAAUAUGAGUACCAAUAGAUGGUUAAAAUAUUCUAUUUACUUAAGAGUAGUAAAGAAAGGUUCUAAACCUGGAUUCCGAGCUACCAUGUUUACAUUUUUGACGUCUGCAUUUUGGCAUGGUACAAGACCUGGAUAUUAUUUGACAUUCGCAACCGGUGCCUUAUAUCAAACAUGUGGGAAAUUUUUUAGACGUAAUUUAAGACCAAUUUUCUUGAAAAAAGAUGGUGUCACACCAGGUCCAUAUAAAUGGAUUUAUGAUUAUUUGGGAAUGUGGAUUAUUAAAGUUACAUUUGGUUAUCUGGUUCAACCUUUCCUCCUUCUGGACCUUAGACAGUCAUUAAAGGCUUGGUCGUCUGUUUACUUUUAUGGCCAUAUUGGUAUUGCCAUUUCUUUCUUUUUGUUUAGAGGACCAUUUGCCAAAAAUGUUAUAAACUUCUGUAAGUCAAAACAACCGAAGGAAAUGGAAAUAAUUAGGCAAAAGGCAUUAGAAAAGGAAAUAGCACAAACUUCAACUUCACUUGGGGAUAUAUUAAAGGAUAAAAUAAAGUAUGAACAAGAAAAUGAAGCAGCCACUAAGGCUGAUGAAAUGAAUAUGACUCAAGGUAUUCCAUCUUUAGAACCUGAAGAAUGGGAAAAUCCAAAGAAAGAAUGGUUGAUUUUUAUCCAAGAUUAUAAUGAAUGGAGAGACACGAAUGGGUUAGAAGUUGAAGAAGAAAACCUAUCCAAGGCUUUCCAAAACUUUAAGCAAGAGCUCAAAGAAAAUGCAUCUGAAUUAGGGAGAAGGAAAAUGAGUUUCAGUGGUUAUUCCCCAAAACCUAUUUCUAAAAAGGAAUGA